GACACGAAAGGACCGACACAUCUAUCACAGUUGACCACGGACAGGGCACUUCCCGGGGCGACACAGGCCCUGGCAGUUCAGCCAAGAGCAGGCAGGAAAGCGGACUUGUCGGGCCCAGACGGACUUCCCCCCGCGGUAGCGUUUUUGUGAUGCUGCGCUAUCUUAGGUUACACAGUUCGGGCGCUAGCUGAGAGCCAGAAGCGAGGCUCCAGUAAGCAAGCAUGCUCUGUACGGUGCUCAGGAGGGACGUGCUUCCUAGCUUAGCGGUAUUGUGCUUGUUCGGAACGCUGACCUUCGCCGAUGGAGAAUCCGUGGCCGGGAAAACCGCGUCCCUCGCAGGCCGGGAAUUCCAAGGGGCUACGGAGGGGGAACAGGCGGGGGAGGGGUCUGUCCUUACCGACAGUGAGAAGCAUAAGGCCAUUGAAGAGACAGAAAGGCUGAAGAAAGCAGUAGCCGGAAAGGCAACGGCGUCUUGGGCCGCUGAGGGACUUGGCGCUGUCCUGCCCGAGGUAGAAACUAUCAAUGUCAGAACUAAUGUUCCGGUCACGGGGGAGGGGCAAACUGCCCACGGCUCACCCUCCCCCAGCCUGGCUGCAGAGACCUUAGCGCAGGUCCUGGCACCAGGGUCCGGUCAGUGUGCCUACACGUUCAUCGUGCCAGAAACCCUAGCGAAGCAGACCUGUAACGCCGCGGACACGGGCAUCAGGCAGCAGGACAUACAGGCCAUGUCCCGCCGGUGGGAAAUCAUGCAGACCCAGAUCGCUCAGCUCCGGAGCGAACUGACCACGCGACUCCUGGAGACGGAGAGGAACGUGCUGAACAAGUCCGCGGAGUUCAUGAAGAGGCUGCACCGCGAGGAGAAGCCGAGCACGCCGCAGCAGGCUCCACCGGACCGUAAUCUGGAAAUAGAGAUUAGACAACUGAAGGACAGACUGGCAGUGCUAGAAGGCAUAAAUAGUAACCAAGACAACUUGAUAAGGAGCCUUGUACGGGACAGAGAAGAAGUCGACAAAGUCCUAACGGCGCACGAGACGCUCAUUCAGCAGCUAAAACUGACAAUGAGAGAAGAGCGAGCGAAAAACAGCAAAUUCCAAAUGGAAGUUCGAAACUUAGUCUAUAACCAAAGUGGGACAAUUCUACAGCUCUUCGAGCAAGUGAACGCACUAGGCUCAGAAAGGACACCGGAGCGGCAGCCUGACGGUGGAACUUCUUCACCCCUCAGACAUGAGGACAUGCAGCAUUUGGCGAGAAACCAGAUCAACUUGAGCCGGAGGCUGAGCCUGCAGCAGUCCAAACUGGAGAACCUCACCACCGAGAUCCGGAAGAUUAACGUGGGGAGGGAGGUGGUACAAGGCACCAGAGAAAGAAGUAUAGCAGAAAUGGAAUCCAAGAUUCAAACCCAAGAAAGGCUGAUCGCUAACCUGACACAGAUAGUCUUCAAACUGUUAAUACAAGAUCCGCCGCCGGUGGACGAAAGCUAUUGGACAGCCUACAAAUUCCAGUAUGACGACACCUGUAAUAGUUGCCAUGGCGACCAGUACGUCAAACGUACAAAGUAUGACGUCGGCAAAUAUGUCGGUGUCGUCCUGUGUACGCCUACACGCUACAAGAUCUUCCUGAGUGACUCUCUGACAGGCCUAUUCCGUAACGUGGCAGACCGGGUAGGACAGGGGCAGGACCACUGCGAGUUCCUGGGCUCUACCCGGGAUGCUUCAGCCAUAGACCCGUAUUACUCCUACUGUAAGCAGGCCACAGGGUUCUGGCGACGGUAUCGAGGGGAGGACCCGAAGUACGGGCCGAUCGGGUACGACGGAACCGGCAAGUUCUUCGGGAGGUGGUACGAGUGCGGCAUGCCCAUACCAUGAGACAUUCACGUCAAGUCCCGGAGGUGUCUGUUAUGCGGAGAUGUCGGCAAGCCAGCUAGCACUGUAUGGUUGCAAUUGGAAAUUGACAGAGAAAAUAUGACGGAGAAAAUAACUCAUGCGGAACUAGAAUGAGCAGAAAGAUGUCAAGCUUGGGAAUAGAAAGGUUAUUUUUAAGUAGAUUUAAAGGUUAAAAUUGUUGCCAACACACCCGAGAGGGUUUGAUUGGAAACCGUUGUAUAAUUACACGUUCCGUGGUGCUAUGUUUCCUUGAUGCUACAAUCCCAUGUAGGAAACGUCACUAAACAUAGUGAAAUAAGUUGUUACAAUCGUACUUACUAUAUUUGUAUAUAAGCUAGAAAGUAUGUGCAAAGCGUCUAUUUACAUGCUGUUUCUUGUUACUUGAAAUAACGUUUACUUUUGAAGUUUUUGCCUGUUGCUCCAGAACAUAACUCUAUGCAGAAGGAAGCCCAUGGAAACGACUAAUUACAUUAAUACUAUCCAUCACGUGAUUUAUGUAUAGCCAUCUCGUCUCCAGCUUCUAUAGACUUACCGGAACUUCACUUUCCUCUCGUACCCAGAUAUCAUCACCCAAUGUGUGGUAGCAUCUGUAGCCAUGGACAUUGUACAUGCAUAUACAACCAGAGAAAUAAAACGUAUGAGGCGUUACCUAAACCUUCAAA